ACUUAAGGAACAUGAUGAUCAAAACAAAGCUCGUCGUGGAGGACAUACCGAGGUCGACAUGGCGUCUGCGGUGCUACCAGAGCAAUGAGGACGAAUCACAAGUUUUUAUUAAGAAGAGCCAACGCGUGCGCAGCCCUUAUCAUUUCAUCUGGUUGCUCAUUCGUCACGGUUGGCAAGAGCAAGUGUGGUCGGUCGCCGUCGCGAUCGUGUACUAUUUGUCCAUCCUGCUGCGGAUUCCACUUUUUCAUGGCCUGCUCGCUGGCGGUGGCGCCGGCCUCUCCUUCAACCAAGCCGUGCUCUUGCUGGUAGCAUCGUGUGUCGCGGAGGGCCUCGUGUGCAGCUUCUGCGUCACCUUUUCCGUCCGGUGCCAGACCAGAGCUCAACUAUUGGUGCAGACGGCUGUCUUCCAGAAGGUGACCUGCCUUUCCGCCGCCGGCGUAGCGGCCAACCCUUCCGGCUUCGUGUCGACGCUGCUCAUCGCUGAUGCCUGGGUGGUGACUUUCUUCCAAAGUUUCUUCGCGAAUGCCGGCAUCGGCCUUUUGUGUAUUCCGGUUGUCUUGUCUACUCUGGCACACGAAAUGGGCUUCGAACCCGCCUGCGCCUGUCUAGCCUGGCUAGUGGCGGUCGCAUUGGCCUGCACGGUCAUAGAACCGCUGCUCUACAAGAGAUGUAGGGCACUGUACAGGUUUCGCGAUGAACGCCUAAAGAAGUUCACCGACUUCCUUCUAUCCAUAAGGCCUAUCAAAAUGUCCGCCCUCGAAGGUGUAUUUCAGGACAGCCUUCUUCAUCUCAGAUUGAAGGAAAUUAACCAGGCCUACCACGUCAACAUUCUGGAGAUGCUUCUCGAAACACUGUUUAGUGCAUCGAGCACUCUGAUGAUAAUAAUUGCAUUUGGAACAGUGGCGUUUACAAAUCCAGAUGCCACUUUCAGCCCCGCUGUUGUGUUUUCAUGUGUAUACAUGCUCACAAUAAUGGAUAAUUUGGCAACUGGUGCUCCGCACGUCCUCAGACUAAAGAGCUCGGUGUUCCGGAGCUGUAGAAGAUUGAUAUCCUUUUUCAAAGAGGAAGAGUACAGCAGGGUGGAAGACCAAUACCGACGUUCUCCUAAUGUCACAGUCGGCGAGGUCACUUUGAAGGACUGCUCGUUCGCUUGGGCCAAGAGGGAUGAAAAAGUAGAAAAUCCUGCCUUGGAUGGUAUUAGCCUGCUAAUUGACCAAGGCUCGCUCGUUGGCAUCGUGGGCCCAGUGGGCAGCGGCAAGUCUUCACUCCUGUCAGCCAUCGUUGGAGACAUGAACAUCUCAGCGGCACUGUCUCUGUCAACGGCUCAAUUGGUAUUGUGUCUCAAGUGCCACAAAUUUUAAAUAUGACCAUACGAGACAACAUAACCUUCGGGCGCAAGUUCGAAGAGCUGUACUACGCUAAAGUUGUGGAAGCUUGCCAACUCUAUCGGGACAUUAACAUGAUGCCAGCAGGAGAUCUCACCGA